AUGGGAAACGAAUAACCUAAGCCUUAAGCUCCUAAACCUACAAUUGACGAUGCAAUUUUGGAUAUGAAAUUGGCAUCAAAGAGAUUUGCCAAUGAAUCAAGAAGAUGCGAGAAGGAGAAAGAUAAAUUAAUGAACCAAGCAAAAGUAGCUUUAUAGAAAAACAAUGAGGAAGGUGCAAGACUAUUCUUAACAUCAGCCAUGAAUAAACAGAAGGAAGCAGAGAGCUUAUAGAAGAUGGCACAUAAAAUGGAUCAUAUGCAAGGCAUUAUAAAAUCAAGCACAAACCAAACUAAAACAGUGGAAGCUCUUGCAAAAAUUAGUCCUCUCAUGAGUUAAUAAAUUUAAAACAUGCCCUUAGAGUUGGUUUAUCAAAACAUGAAUCAAUUUGAGAAAGCAAUGGAUGAAAUGACAGUGUAAGGAAACAUAAUGACAGGAAUGAUGAACCAAAAUAACAACAUAGGAUAAGAUUUGGCAAUCGAUUAAAUGAUGGGAUAAUUAAAAUAAGAAUUGCAUAGUGAGGUGGCCAACGAUUUAAAUGCCAAUCCUAAUGUUCUCUUUAAGGAGUUGAACCAACAGAAUCCAUAAUAAAAUGCUCAACCGAUUAGUAAUAACUAAAUUAAAUGA